CGAUAAUAUUCUUAUUACUUGAUUCUAUCAUACGGUUAUCUAUAACUUAUGCUGAACGUAGUCGAUUAUUUAGAUAACGCCUAAGAUGGUUGUCUGGUGGUCAAUCUAAAGACUGCGUUUAUUACUCAUAUAUUAGCCACUCCAAUUACCUAUUGUUAUAUGUUUACAUCUGUAUUAACGAUUAAAAAUGUGUACUACAUUCGAGAAUCGGUUACUCUACAACAUCUUCCAACUUAUUUGCUUUCUCGUAGAAUACACGGUAGCCACUUAUUUGCCAUAUACUGUUUGAACUUGAUUACCUAUUGCAUAAUAAAGUGCUUCCCUAUAUUAAAUCUAACCUUGGUUCAAAGUUUCUCUCUUGGCUUUGUGUUGACGACUGAUGGUAGUAUUGUUGAUCUGUUCUCUUUCUUUCUAUUUAAUAAUAUUCUUUCUUCAACAUUUUUAAUAUUAUUAUUCCUUUUUUACUUCUCUCCUUCCUUUUCUUUUCUUUUUUUUCCUUUUCAUUCUUAAAAAGUUUUUAGUUUGUUCAUCUAUUAUAUUAUUGAACUGGUUCGUCCAUAAGAAUAUACAUUCUAUACUGUGUGCUCACGUUG